CCAUCGCUUUUUGUGCCAGCUCUAAUAAACAUAUAUAUGUUUUAGGGCCGCGAUUGAAAAUGCGUGCCACAAAGGCCUAAACAAACUUGGAAAACACCGCGAAAAACGUCAGAAGCUAUAGUGCCGAUUCGCAUAUUGUUCGCCACCCCGGAAAAGUGUGAAAAUCGCAGAUAAUCAAAAGGGAGAGCAACCAAAGGAAAAGCAACAACAACGACUCGCCAUGGGCAGCAGAACUGAAAAUGUACACUUGACAUAAACUGUGAUUAUGAGUUCCACAAAAUCUCAAGUAGCCCUAGCUACGAAUAUUCCAACCAAUUUAUCCUCCGCCGCUUCUGCCUCAACAGCGGCCGCUGCGGCCGCCGUUGUUGUUGUUGCCAGUGCCAACGCCGCCGUUGCCUCAAGCGCCAACUCAUCGGGAGUGGGUUCAGGAUCGGGACCGGGACCGGGAUCGGGAGCAGGAGUAUCAGGACCAGUAGCCGCAGGCACAGCCACUGCCGUAGCAACAGGAUCAACAGUCACAGCAGCAACAUCCGUCGCGGCAACAACCUCCACUUCCGUUGCCACAAUCUCAACCAGCUGCAGCAGCAGCAGCAUCAACAACAUCAACAACAACUGCGGCGAGGAGUGCCAGUCGGCGGCCGGAUCCUCCAACUUGGGUCGACAGAACAGCUUCGGCAAUAGACGAGGCAACAUGAAGGGCAAACAUCUGACGCGCAGCCAUGCCAUGCGUGAGUCCACUUCGCCACCUCGCACGCCAACGCCGCGGGCUGCCUCCGAGCAGCAGCAACAGCAGCUCCAGGGGGAACAACACGAGCAUAACAAUAAUAACAAUAUCAACAGCAGCAGCAAAGCACAAUCAGCUGGAAGGGGCAACUCGCCGUUGAUGGAGACGCCAGCCGUGAUUGUCACUAGUCAGCAACCGCAACAGCAGCAGCAACAGCAGCAGCAACAGCAGCAGAGUGUGCCACCAAAGCCGCAGCAGAAUGUGCCACUCAGCAAUGAAGCGGAGUUCCCAAAGCUAUCGCCUCCAAAGAAAUCCGGCGGUCAGCACAAUCGCACCAACAGCAACGGCAGCGGCAUGGAGUUUAAUAACAAUAAUAACAGUAGUAACAAGAAAUUCGUCGUUGAUAUGAAGGCCAAUGGUUUGGACAACAAGCCACACAACAACUCGUCUACGGGUGUGAUCUUCAACUCCGGGAUGAACUACAAGGCGGCGGAGCGGCAUGAUCGUCACGAGCGCCACGAGAUGUCCAGCCAGAACAGCAAUCUGAGCAACAACCACGACGAGGAGCCGUAUCACUAUGAGCCCAGAGGUGGAGGAGGCGGCAAGAAGCAUCGUGCCAACACCAAUGCCAAAGGUAAUAAACCACGGUUGAAGAAUCUCGGUGGAAGCUCAUCUGGCAGCAUUGAUUUAGGAGGCGGCGGUGGAAACGGAAAUUGCAACAACAUGUCCAACAAUGGCCAAUCCAACAACUCGAGCAACAACACCUCGGGCUUUAUAUCGCGCGUCUUUCAUCAAUCAGAGAACUCGAGCGAGCAGUACACGGACUAUGGCGGGACCGAUCUACUGGUUUUCUUCCGGGACACCCUCAACAAGAACCCCAAGGAUCGCAAUAUCCUCUUGAAGAUUGAGAAGGACCUAAUAGACUUUGUCCAGGAAAAUAGUCGUGGCUGUGAGUACCGUUUUCCGCCAGCUUCCUCGUACAAUCGUAUGCUGAUCCAUCGCACUGCCGCAUUCUUCGGCAUGGAGCACAAUGUGGACACGGAGACGCAGCAGUGUGUGAUUGUGGCCGUGGCCAAGAACACUCGCAUACCGGAGAUCCGCUUCCAGUCGCUGGUGCGCGACGAUGCACGCAAGUCAAUUCUGAAGCGGGACACGCACAGCUUCGAUGAGGUGCGUCAGUCACCGUACUUGUGCCCUCUUUCUCUGGAUCGAAAGGCCAAGAGCUUCGAGGAGCGGGAAGAGGACUACGAUAGAGCGCGCAGCCGCAUCUUCAGUCGAACAGGGGGCAAUCAUGACGGUUACUCCGGAGGUGGUGGCGACGAGGAAUGCUACGGUGGUUGGGAGCAGCAGCAACAACAGCAGAAGCAGUCUCAGCCACCCAGACCCAAGAGGCCCAAUGGAAAGAUGUUGCAGAUGCAAAAUUCCACGGAAUCUCGCGAUGGCAUGCGAUCCGGUGGAGCCGUGCCCAAGUCGCACAACUUUGGCAACUACGGAGGUCCGCCCAGCUCAGGAGGUCCUGGCAACAAUUCCUUGCCUCGUGGCGACUCAACAAACUCGAUCAAAAGCGGACGCGGCGGCUUCGUCAAGCAGGACUCAACUGGCAGCACUCCAUGGCGCCUGUCUCCUUCCAGCAGUGGUUCCAUUUACCACUACGACCCGUCCAACCUGCCGCCCAACCAGGCGCUCCAGCACUCGGGCAAUCAAUACCAGUCACAGAACCAGGGCAACUCCUCAUCCGGCGGCUAUAACAACUAUCGCAAGUCGUCGCCACAUCAACAGCAACAGUCGCAGCAGCAGCAACAGUCACAGCAGCAUCAUCAGCAGCAAUUGCAGCAGCCACAGCAGCUGCAUCAGCAGUCAUCACAGCAAUAUGCCACCACUGAGCUGUCCUGCAGCUCCACCGAGAGCUAUGCGGAGGAGGAGGCGCAGUCCCCAGGAAUGGAGUGUUCUGAGGGAUACGAGAGCUACGAGCAGCAGUCGUUGCCUGUUCAGCAGCAGCUUUCCGGCAACGGGGAUUCGGCCAGCACCAAGGGAGAUGAUUGUGAUAGCCUGGCCAGUGCUACCGCCUGCCUCAGCAUCACCACCUCCACAUCCACAAAGAACUACGACCGCAUCGAGGUGCAGAAGUACAAGAACCAGGCCACUAGUCCGAACAUACCCGCCUGCUGCGCCGUGGGCGAAAAGCUUGAACUGGAGGCUGGCUUGCCGCAGGAGCAGGAACAGGAACCUAUGGCUGGACCCUCCUCUUCCGGUUCCGCCACCUCCUCGGUGGGCAUUACCGAGCUCCCAUCCAGCCAGACACCGCUCCCAAUGGUGAAUCAGGUGAACUGUGACCUCCAAUCGGUCUCGCCCAGCACCACGCCCUACAGCCAGUGCGAGGUGAAAACUCCUAGCCAGAACCAUGCACCCAGUGCCGCCGUCGAGGAGCCCAAGACCACCACCUGGACGUACACGCAGAGCUACCAGGCGCCAGACGGCUCUACCGUCUUUCACACUACCACUACGCCCAAUGGGGCUGCGCCCUACUGCGCCACCACAUAUCAGCAGGGGCCCGAUGGCAGCAUCUAUGCGGUUCCGCAGGGCAUGGUUUAUGCCGCCUACCCGCAACCAGGCGUAGGCACUGCCGGUGGUGCCUCUCAGCCGCUCUUCCAACUUACCACCAGCAGUCACCCGCCCGCUCAGACAAUUUUUGCAUCCCCGGAGGCAGGCGCAGAGAUUCCUGGAGGCACCUACAUGAUACCUGUCUUUGAUCCGGCUCAGCAGCCGCGUGAGGGACUCAUCCCGGCGCAGGCCAUAUACCAGACGGGGCCGGGCGGACCGGGAGCCACCACCGUGAUGCCAAUGGCGACGGCGGCUGCCUAUCCAACGGCCCAGUUCGCCACAGCGGCUCCAAAUGGCGCGCCGAUAUACCAGGCGCCGCUUAUCUACUCCAGUGAACCGGGAGGUGGAGCACAGCUGCAACAGCUUCCCAUGGCACCGUAUCCGAUUCAAUACUCUUACCCGUACUACCAUCCCAUCUCGUACUAUGUGCCCCAGCAGGCAGUGGCCGCCGCACCGAUGGUAGCCUCCCAGCCGCAGGUGGGUCAGGCUCCGAUGCAACAGCAGGCGCCGCACACGGGAGCUGGAACAACCACAGGUCCACCAACGGUGGUUUCAGUUUCAGGCCAACAACACCACCAGCCGCAUCAGCAGCACCAUCAGCAGCAGCAGCACUCGAGCAAUGGAUCCGUGGUCACAUCCAGUGCCUAUGGCACUCGGGUUAAGCGCACACCAGGCGGUGGCUCGAUCCACUACAACCCAAGCUACACACCAAGUUCUGUGGCUCAUGCCGGUGGUGCCCAUCAUCCGUCAGCGGGCUCUGCCCAGAUAAUCGCUGCGCCUGCGGCCAGCACAACCACAUAUCAUGCGCUGCCUACGCUGACGCUAGCCCACGGUGGUCCAGCGACUGGCACGGAUCUCAGUGGAGCGGGUGGUGCCCAUGUUUAUGCUCUCCCCGCCCAACACGCGCUGAUCCCAACGAAUAUCUUCCCUUAUGCAGCGGCGGCGGCGGCAGCCGCCGGAGGGCCAGGGGGUCCUCCAACGACUCCCCAGGUGGUGCAGCAGGCACCACCACCACCGCCACAGAGUGCUCCCCAUCAUGCUCUUAUCACAGCGGCUCCGUUUUAUCCUGCAAAUGGCGGUAACAUGGAUCAGGGUGCCUCUCAGUCGGCUCCUAGCACUCCAGCGGCUCCUGGAAGACAAGCGCCGUUGUUCAGCACACCACCGGCACCAAACAAUGGAAGCAGUGGCAGCAGCAGUGCGGGAGGCGGUGGAAACAGCGGUGGCUAUCACAGCAACAGCUCCACGCCGCACUACUACCAGGGCCAGAACAGCAACGAGGGUUACACCUCGCCUUAUGAGAAGAGAAAUCAUGGAGGUGGAGCCUCAGGAGCACACUCGGUGGGAGUGCGUAAGCCUUACCACCCAGGUGGCUACAACCCAAGACAUUCGGUACCACUAGGGGGCAUCCCCUCUGGAGCAAAGACUCCCUUGCUGAACUCCAACAACGAGCCCACGCCGCGUGCCUCUCCCAGCAGCGUAAGUCUGGGUGGUGCUUCUUCAUCCGGUGGGGCCAAUUCCUACCCACAUCGUGGGCCACCACCACACACGAUGGGUGUGAAACGAGAUAACAAGCCCAACCAACUGCCGCUGAUCAGUGGACCACCGCCUAGUUAUGCAGCUAACUCGAGCCCUGGAGUUUCCAGCUACGAGUCCAAGCCACCGGUGCGCCUAAAUGCCGGAGCUGCUAGUUUCCGGAGUCAGAAGUCCAUGAACCAGGACUACCGACGCAGUGUCUCCCAACGUAACUCGCCCAGCGCCAAUGGAGGUGGAAGUGGCAGCCACGAGAGCAGCAACAACUCGCCCAACAGUAUUGUGGGCAGCCAGAGCAACAGUGCUGCCAACACGCCCAACGCAGCAGCCCCACCACCACCGCAGCCACAGCCUACGCUGGUUAGCCACUCUGGAGGAUUUGUGGUGCUGGAUCAGACCACCGGAGCCGCCAUGAAUGCCUCGCCGCCGUCGCUCUAUGGUGGCGGUGGAGGUCCAAAUGCAGGAAUAAGUGGAGGAGCAGGCGCUUCGGGAGCGGCAGGCUCGAAUGGUGGCCAUCAGCCGGGUGGCGGCGGUGGCGCCCGCUCGCACAUUCCCACUGCCCAGCUGCAUCACAGUGCCGCCGCUGCCGCCGCCGCAGCUGCUGGCAGCCAACAGGCAACGGCGGCGGUGCUGAGCGGCGUGGCCGCUGCUGCCGCCCUCGGCGGCUACAAUCCAAAUGGGGCGUCCGGUGUCUACUUCAAGUAUGGCCAGACGUACUUUGCCCAUCCCUCGGUGGCCUUGCCCAACAGUCGACGAUCUCCGUCGAACGAUAUCCGGCCUCAAAUGGCGCAAGUGGCCGGCAUGUAUCCCACAAUGAUGAUACAAGCGCGUCAUCCGAGUCGCCAUCCGAACCCGAACUACAAAGGUUCGCGUCCGCGGUAAAGCCAGCCGGUAAACCGAUAUAGGAUACCCAAACAAAGCAAAAACUACAUACACAUAACGGCAUACCUAAGAUAAAUAUAAAUAGCAUCCUAAUCUAGUGGAACAUAACGUAGUUGACAACAUAAAACCAGAGAAAGUGGACCGGACAAACGGAUGGAAAUGGAAGAGCAGCGCAGGAGGAGAAUAGAACUCGUCGAGUGCUGGCCGCAGAGUUGUCGGGCACCAUUGGUAGCAGCUGGAGAGGAAGGGGGUGUGUCAGGGACUUAGUCACCAAUUCACCAGAAAACCAAACCAAACUAUCCACACACCAUGAAAACAACUUAAGAGCCGGGGAACGAACAGAGCAAAGCCAUCACUGUUAUCUGUUAUCUUCCGCAGCAAGCGAUUGGAAAGGGGGGAACCGACAAAGCAUAGCAUAUAGCCUCUAUAGUUAAGGAGCAUUGUACGGAUAUAGGUACAAUAACUGAACCGCUACAGAAAGAAAGAAUUAAAUGCUGUAUAUUUUGUGCCAUUACAAAUAGUCUUUAAUAAAACAACAAAAUCGAGUACCCGGAGAAGCAAUAAAUGAUCACACACACACACACACAAACACAACGACACCCCCCAAAAACGGACUUUCGAACUGAACACUUGACGGAUACGUAACUUCCACUCCCCUUCUCAAACGUAACAUAGGAUAUUCAGGUAGACUUUAGUUUCGAGAAGAUAAGUUUCUAGAGAUGGAAUGGAAAACCUCAGUUUGCACGCUAAAGCAAGAGAAUCUCCUGGAAUUCUAGAAUACUAUUUAAACCUCUCACUUACUAUAGAGCUGCUACCAAAAAAAAAAACCAACAGUUGUUUUCCAAAUUUCAAAUAUCGCCUUGCUUUGGUGUGCUUAAUUGAAUGCGUUUUAAUUAUGUUAGAAAUCUCAACCGAAAGCAGAAGCGUUAACAGAAACUCCAUCAACCAAACGACAGACCGGACAGCCUGGCCCUCUGGACCCAAGGAUACCCAAAUCUGCCGCCAGAAUUGGGGCGAGUCUUAUAUCUAAUUUUGUUCGGCAAAAUUCGUGAAAAGCUCUUCGAAACAAGUCUCGACACAGCCACUAAAUCUGUUUAUUUAAGACCUAUAACAUAUACAAUUAAAAUACGUCUAUAAUUUAGCGAGUCAAUUAUUAUUAUUUUGUAAUUUUAAUUAAUGAAAAUUUGUUAAAUUUGAUUUUUGAUUUGAAUUUUUGCCCUAUUACGUUUAUGUUCUUUCGAAAUAGAAUUUCCGUUUAUUUUUCUGUUCCUUAAUGCAAAGAAGCUGCAACUAAAAUUCGUUAUUACUCGUAAGCAAAAUAAAAACAGACAAUGGAGUACGAUCAGUAGAAGAUGGAGAAGUCAAGCAGCUAUACAUUUAUUGUUAAACAAAAUAAUUAGCUUAGCGUGUAACUACAUAUGUAUAUGUACCAUCUAAUAAUAUAUAGGCAAGUGAAAAGAAAAGAAAAGAAAAGAAAAGAAUACAAACAAAAUGCGAAAAUCGAAAAGUAUAAUAAAAAAGAAACCACAUGAUUAGUUAAAGUUAAAACUUGUGUUGCCUCCUCUUUCCGUUUUUACUCUAUUUAUUGACUUUCCACAGCAUCUGGUUAUGAUUUUCCUCAUUUCCGCUUUUGUACAACGAACUAAACAAGCAAUGGCAACUUCUCUCGCCCCGCUCGCUCGGAUCUUCUAGAACUGCAUGUCUAAAUGUACAUAACAAUAAUUUACACAAAUCUGAAACGCGACUACGAGUAUAUACAUAUAUACUAUACAUAUAGCGUGUAAGUAGGUUAGUGCCGGCCAGUCUAGAGUUUUGGAUCUGCCAAAAAACCAACCAGGAUUAUCACCCAAACGGCAACGCUAGUCUCGCUCCAAAGCAAUCGGUCAUCCAUCAUUUUCGAAUCCUGAAGCACUAACAUUAACAUUAUCCAAUAAGUAUGAAUAGCUUUCGACUAAGGUGCGCUAGGAACUCAGCUUGAUACUUGAUACUUGAUAAACUCAUAUAUAUAGCAUUGUAGCCGAUAACACAACACAACAGUACCAAAUAAGUUAGUGAACAAAACUGCUCAAGAUUCGAGUCUACGGCCCGAAUGAUACUUAUAAGCACCGAAUCGUAUUGUACCAGAAAACCACACAGAAAACGCUUUGUUGGCCAGUCCCGCGCCAGAGUAAGGAAAUUAGAAUGGGUCAGGAUCGGAUCAGUAGCUACUGAUCGGAGGUCAGUAUCCUGGAGUAUCGAACAUUUGCUCCUGUUGUGCAUUUCUUUGUUUGUUGCUCUGUUUGUUAAAGAAACCACAAAAAUCGUUGACGACUAAAGAAUGUUGAGAGGGUUAGGUAGAGAAGGUAGAGGGAUAGUUGGGAGAUGGAAAUAUGUGCAAGCGAUGGCAGGACAGGCGCGGAAUAUGUUAUACAAUAUACUAUUAUUAUUAUUACUGCAUCAUGAUAAUUCGCUCUAAUUGGUAAAGGCAACACUAGCUCCACACAGCGACAUCCAAAAACCAGAAAUCACAGCAACCAGCAACUCGAACAACCAAGCAUGCAAUGAGAUAAAGACACUAAAAAAUGGGACGAGGGCGGCGUUUUUACCGACGAGGAUAACUCUAAUGAUAAUGAUGAUGGUAAUGAUAAUUAUUAUUAAC